AGUUUGUUUGCAAUAUAUGAUCCAAUACGUUUGGCCCUUGCAGCUCAUGCACUUGAUGACAUGAGAUGUUCACCCCUGCCUGUGUCUGCGGACUCCCUGGUCGAGAAUGGUGAAGAUCUGCUGCACUUGUGGGAAAGAAAAAGCGGCUUUGAAGCGGCCUAAGACAUCGGAGCAGCUGUGCAAGACUUGCUUCUAUGCAGCCCUGGAAGAUGAGGUUCACCAGACCAUCAUAAAGCACAAGCUCUUUUCUCCUGGGGAGCGCGUUGCGGUGGCAGCAUCAGGCGGCAAGGACUCAACCGUGCUGGCCCACAUCCUCACCACGCUGAACGAGCGAUACAGCUAUGGCCUGGACCUGUUCCUACUCUCAAUUGACGAAGGCAUCACCGGCUAUCGGGACGACUCCCUGGAGACAGUGAAGCGCAACGAGCAGCAGUAUGGCAUCCCGCUCAAGAUCCUGAGCUACAAGGAGCUAUAUGGGUGGACCAUGGACGAAAUUGUGCGCGCCAUUGGCCACAAGAACAAUUGCACCUUUUGCGGUGUUUUCCGCCGCCAGGCUCUGGACAGGGGGGCCGCCCUCAUGAAGGCAGACAAAAUGGCCACAGGUCACAAUGCGGAUGACAUUGCGGAGACGGUGUUGCUGAACAUACUGAGGGGGGAUGUGCCGCGGCUGGGGCGCUGCGCGAACAUCAUAACCGGCGAGGACUCGGCGCAGCCGCGCGUGAAGCCCUUCAAGUACACCUACGAGAAGGAGAUUGUGAUGUAUGCCUUCUUCAAGAAGCUGGAUUACUUCUCCACCGAGUGCAUUUAUGCUCCCUUCGCCGCCCGGGGUGCUGCUCGCGAGUUUGUGAAGGACCUGGAGUUGGUGCGGCCGCGAGCGAUCUGCGAUCUCAUUAGGUCAGCCGAGGAGUUCCGGCUGGAUGCAAAGGGGGGGCAGAGCCAUCCUGUUGCUGGCAAAUGCCAGCGCUGUGGGUACAUCAGCAGCCAGGAUGUGUGCAAGGCCUGUGUGCUGCUGGAGGGCCUCAAUAAGGGCCUGCCCAACCUGGGUGUCAGCCGCACUCGUGGCUCCAAAGGGGGCAAGGCUGGCCUUCCUGCAUCUGUUGAUGCUUAA